AUGUUGUACAAGUGGACAUCUGUGUGUAUUAUCCUCUAUCUCUGUUCACGAGCAAUAGCAGACCAGCCCUGGUGUCACAAUGGCUGUGAGAACAGCCCCUCUUUCUGGCCCUCCCUUCCCAACUCUCAGUGUGGGGGGGUCAGACAGUCGCCGAUCAACAUUGAUACUAACCAGCUGACCUUUGACCCCAGUCUCCGCAACCUCACCUUCAGAAACAUCACUAAUCCACACAGCAUCAAGUUCCUCACCAACAAUGGACACACAGUGAGCUGUGUGUUAGAGGGCCUGAUGGAGGUGAAAGGAGGGGGGCUCCCUCAUGGCUACACGGCCGUCAUGAUGCAUUUCCACUGGGGAGGCGACUCACUGUGCCACCCAGGCUCUGAGCACACAGUGGACUCAGUCAGAUACCCCAUGGAGAUCCACCUUGUGACACUGAAGGAAGGCUUGACAAUGGAGCAGGCUAAGACUGACCCGGAGAGGAUAGCAGUGUUUGGAUUCUUCAUAGAUGUACGUCUCUACGUCACAACAGUUCUACACUGAUGAUGACAAUACUAUGACAGAGUUAUGAUUCUUGACUUAGUAAUAGGAGUUAUGGCAGAAUACCUUGUUAUCAGAGGAGGCCGGUGGGAGGAGCUAUAGGAGGACGGGAUCAUUGUAAUGGCUGUAAUGGAAUCAAUGGAACGGAGUCAAACACGUUGUUACCGUGUGUUUGAUGCGUUCCAGCCGUUAUAAAGAGUCCGUCCUCCUAUAGCUCCUCCCACCAGCCUUCACUGCUUGUUAUUCAUGCUAUCAUCAACACAUUCCAUGGAUUCCAGGUGACAGGCAACCAAUGGCAUGUGGAAUCCUGGAGGACUUUGACAUCAUAUCUGCUGAAUAUAACAGAGAAGGGUGAGGAGCAGUGGUGCCAGCUAGCCUUAAAGUACUUAUAUUCUCUAUUUUUAUGCCAAUGUAGCUAAUUUGAAUUUGCAGAGACGGAGAGAGCAAGAGCAAAGUGAAACCUCCAUUGCUUUUAGGGCACUAACAAAGGGAGAGCUUCCUCCCUUUGG